AUGCGCAUUCGAAUCACCAACUUUCCUUUUGCCUAUUCACAGGCGACUGAGUUCAUCUCCUGCAGUGACUCGGACGACGCUUUUCUCGAGACCGAUGGUGCAGCUUUGGAGUUUGCUGAAGCUGUGGACGCUCUUGUUCAGAUGAACACCGACGCAUCUUUCAUGAUAACCACAGUCGAUGCAGGUGACAGUCCUGCUAACCAGGCCCCGAACCCUCCUAGCCCCACGUCUGCUUCUGCUGCUGCCGCCGCCAACGACUCACAACUUCCAUUGGCGAGUGGAGCUGCCGGCGAGGAGGACGAAGAGGAGGAGGAGGAAGCCGUCACCUUGGAGGAU